AAUCCGCCACUAACUUUACCAAUAACCCAAUUCACCACCCCUCGCUUCUUCGGUCUUUCGUUCUCCCUCCCUCUUUUCCAAACGGUCUCUAACACCAUCGUCACCUUGCUUACAUUUCAGUUUUAAAUUCCAAAUUCGAGGGGAUGCUCUAAUUCGGUCAUGUAAAGCAUAAUUGAUGUCUGAAAAGUCUGUCUGAUUCAAAAUCUUGUGCAAACUCUGAAGUGUAACAAUACAAAGCAAACACCCCUCAGAAUUCUCCGUUGCCUCGUUGGUUACUCUGUUAAUUGUGUAUGCUACGUGUUGUAGUUUCAUUUUAGUCUUUGAAUUAUUUUCGUUAAUGGAAGGAACAUUUGAUUGCAACUUAGAGUCUCUGUCAGCUGGCAUAUAUGAGUUGCCUGGAGAACCAGCAGUUGUGAUUAAUGGUGUCCCUAAUUUAACUGCGGAGGAUGGGAAUAUAAAUCAAGGCAUUCUAACGACAGUAAGACUCAACAAAUCUGCUUCUGAUGUCAGUAAGCCGAGAAAUACAGGUUUUGGUGAAUGGCUGGAGGGAAGAAAAGUGCAAAAAUUGUUUGAUCAUAAAUAUUAUCUGGGUAAAGUGACUGAAUUUGAUAAAGAAACCGGCUGGUACAGAGUUGUCUACGAGGAUGGUGAUUUUGAAGAUCUUGAGUGGCAUGAGUUGCAGGAGGUUCUUCAGCCAUUAGAUAUAACCAUGCCUCUGAAAUCAUUGGCGUUGAAGAUCAUUCACAAAAAUCAGAAAUCAGAGCCUGGAAUUGAGACAAAUGCUGUUCCUGAGAGAAAGAGUGGUAGUAAAACUUGAGGUCGUAGAGGUAAGCCUUCAACAAGGAAUUUCGUUGGCAGAGGUUAACGGAUAUGUUGCGGGCUAAUGGGCAAAAAGACAGCAACUGGCUGAAUUUGGACUUGCUUGGGUUGUGAACAUAUAGGCCUGUUUAGAAGUUCAGAACAUCUACUUACCUUUUGAAUAUGCUAUUGUACAAUUGGGCGGGAAAAUAUAUCCGACACUCAAAUUUGCUCUGCAAUGCAAGAGGGUCUAACUUAGGUUGAUGAAGGGGGAGGUCCAGUGUUUUAUAAGAUGUACACGCCUACCACCCACGUCAUGUAGAUGUAGCUUCCUCUUUAAUAUUGGCAACUUGGCGCUGUAUACUGCUUAUAUGUUGAGCCUUGUUUUGCUUAUAUGUUACUCCGCCUCUUUGCAUAUAGUAGUGAUUUCUGUAUUGCAACAGUGUAUCAUCAGGUUUGAUGAAUUCCAAAACUAAGAUUGUUUGCACUCAAAAAA